AUGCCCCAGUAUCGCAUCGAAAUAUCUCCCAACAAUCGCGCAGGAUGCAAGGACACCGUCUGCAAAAAGGCGGCCGUCAAAAUCACCAAGGGCGAGAUAAGAUUCGGCACCUGGGUUGAGAUUGAAGGCCGCGGCAGCUGGUCGUGGAAGCACUGGGGAUGCGUGUCGGGCGAGCAGCUGCAGCGCCUGCACGAGCAGUGCGACAAGGGCGACGACGAGUGGGACUUUGAGGAGAUUGAUGGCUACGAGGACUUGGAGCAAAAUGCCGAGGUGCAAGGAAAGGUCGAGCGCUGCGUGAAGCAGGCGCACAUUGAUCCCGAGGACUUCAAGGGUGACCCCGAGAAGAAUAAGCCAGGCGAGAAGGGUAUCCGUCUCAGCGCCAAGGAGAGAGCUGCUCUCGAGAAGGAUGACAACGAGGAUGAGCCCAAAACCAAGAAGCGAGGCAGAGACGGCAAGGCCAAGGGUAAAAAGGCCGACGACGAAGAUGAAGAGGAGGCCCCCGCCAAAAAGACAAAGGCUCCUGCAAAGAAGGCCACGAAGAACAAGAUGGAGGACGACGAGGAUGACGAUACGCCCCUUACCAAGCCCAAGGUUGGUCGCGGCAGAAAGGCCAAACCCCUGGAGGAGGAGGAUGACGAAGCUCCUCCUGCUAAGAAGGCUAGGGCUGCUCCCAAGGCCAGGCAGUCGAAGCAAGCCAAAGAGGCGGAAGACGAUGAGGAUGAAGCUCCGCCUUCUACGAAGGCCAAGGCCGCUCCCAAGGCCGCUCCCAAGGCCGCCCCCAAGACAACCCCCAAGGCUACUCCGAAGGCUACACCUAAGGCUGGAAAGUCCAAGCAGGUCGAUGAAGAGGAAGACGACGACGAAGAUGAGGAGGAGGCUCCUCCUGCUAAGAAGGCCAAGGCUACUCCCAAGAGUACCCCCAGAGCCAGAAAGUCUAUGCAGGCUGAGGAGGAAGACGACGAGGACGAGGCUCCUCCAGCCAAAAAAACCAAGACUACUCCGAAAGCCAAGACUACCCCCAAGGCUGCUCCAAAGGCUACUCCCAAAGCUACUCCAAAGGUCGCUGCCAAUGCGAAAAACACCAAGGAAGCUGGUGAGGAAGACGAUGAGGAUGAGGCUCCUCCGGCCAAAAAGACCAAGGCCGCUCCCAAAGGCAGAAAGUCCAUGCAGGCCGCCGAGGAGGAAGAGGAAGAGAAAGAGGCAGAGAAGCUCAAGCCCAGGCGCCGUGGCCGCCCUUCCAAGGCAUAG